AUGAUAAGUGUAAAUCAUAGUUUACAAGAAAUAUCUGGCAUUGAUGACCAACAACCUGGACCAAGUCACCAAGGCCACGCUAGUGUAUGCCUUUUAUGUGGGUGUUCCAUUUUGCGAAUGCAAAGUGGCAGAAUAUUGAGAGAUAACCCCAUGGACCUGCAUCAGUUGAUGUUUACCAUUAUUGAAAACAGAGUUGCUCCAAGACAGGUUACAGAAACUGAUAAGGUAUGUCACCCUUGUUGGUUGCGCACUCAAAGAGAGGCCCGUCAUACCCAUGAUGUCAACAGACCACAAUCUGCAACUGAGGAGUCGUAUAUUUAA